UGCAAACCUACGCACCCCCUGUAUGAACGACGUUGGCGCAGGGACAGACGUUUGAUUACGUUGGGAUCGAUCUGCAGACUGCGGUGUUCUCGCACGGCCAGCUCUAUGUCACCUUAUCUCGAUCCCGCAAUCCCAAACAGUCGUGCCAGCAGCCAUGAGCAAGUCACGUGGAGAGGGCUUGCCCAUCAGGAGGGUGUUCAUCAGCCAUGUCGACUCGUAUGUGGGCAGGAAUAUUGGAGAGUAUCUGUCACAGUGCGUGGUCGGAGAAUCCACAGAGCCACUGGAUUUGGAGGAGGAAGAGGAGGGGGAGGAGCAGGACGGCUUCUCACAGGCGAGGGAGGGCACCUACCAGGUGGUAGGGUCCCUGAGCCAGACCCAGCAGCAGCCACCACCCUUUGUGCUUGAGACUGUGCAGGCCUCAUCUCGGGAGGAGUUAAAGUCUUUCCUCUUGGGCUGUGACAUUAUUGUCUAUGACAUCAGGGAGACGGCCGAUCUCCUGGAUGAGGCUGCAUGGGUGCAUUCAGCCCUGCAUGCUGAGAUUGAGAACUUCAAGGACCCAAAGAUCUUCAUCUUGAUCACAAGCUUCAUGACGUGGACACUCACCAAGCCUGUGGAUCCCGAUGAUCCGGAGGUUCCGUUCACUGAGGAUGACCAUCGGAAAAGAAGGCCUCAUCCUGCAUUCAAGGAUCAUGUGGCCUUGGAGAAGCUGGUCAUGAAGCUGGGCAAGACGAGUAAGAAAAAGUUCAUUGGCUAUGUGGUGUCUUCUGGACUGCCCUAUGGAAUGGGGGAAGAUCCUUUUCAUUUCAUUUUCAAGACUGCCUGGUUGGGAGAGUUGCCUGCAGUACCUGUGAUUGAGAGAGGAACAAACGUCUUGCCGACCAUUCACAUCCGAGACCUGGCAGGAGUGAUUCAGAAUAUAGCUGACCACAAGCCCAAGACUCGUUACAUCCUGGCUGUGGACGAGGGCAAACACACUCAGCUCGAGAUAGCACAGGCCAUCAGUAAGAGGCUGAGCACGGGGCGCAUCAGCCACAUCUCCAAACAGGAAGCCAUGAGCAACAAGGACUGCUUGCCCCAUCAUGUGGAGCAGCUGCUGCUGGACGUGUGUGCGGAGGCCGUUUUUGUCAAAGAGGAGUUGAACGUGCGCUGGGUGGCGGAGGCCGGCUUGCUGGCCAACCUGGAGCGGGUGGUGCGCGAGUUCCGGACCACACGGAAGCUCCAGCCCAUCAAAAUCUGCAUCCUGGGCCCACCGGUAACUGGCAAGAGCACUGUGGCCCAGAUGCUGUGCAAGCAUUACAAAAUACACCAUGUCAACAUGAAGGAUGUCAUCACAGAGGCUCUAACCAAGCUGGAGAGGAUCGUUGGCUCAGCUGGCAGGCAAGAGGAGACUGAGUGGCACGAGGAAGACGUGGAGGCGUUUACAGAAGACGUUCAAGAAGCGCAGGACUUUCUGGAGGCUCUUAGAGAGAACAUGCUGCAGAAUGAAGGACGACUGGAAGAUUCGUACUUGGUACGGUUGUACAAAGAGAAGUUGUCUUCCCCACCAUGCCAAAAUCAGGGAUUUGUGCUGGACGGUUUCCCCAAAACAUUUGCUCAGGCAGUGCAGCUGUUUGGCGUGGAAGACGAGGAAGAUGGUGAAGAACUGAAUAAGAGGAAAGUGCCCCUCUUUGACAAGAGCAUAAUCCCAGAGCUGGUGGUGUCGCUGGACGCUGAAGACGACGUUGUGCUCCACCGCGCCAUGUCGCUGCCUGAGUGCGCCGUGCUGGAGGCUGACCUCACGGAGGAGCGCGUGAGGAGACGCCUCGCAGAGUUUCACGCUCUUCGUUCCGAGGACGACACGGUCCUCGACUACUUCGACGAGCUGGAGAUUCAUCCUGACCACAUUGAUGUGAGUGUUUGCGAGGUGGCUCAGAUCAAGCGACGGAUUAUAAAGCUGAUGGGCGAGCCCCGAAAUUACGGACCCUCGGAGGAGGAGCAGCUGGAGUUAGCACAGCGAGCGGAGGCGAAGCGGAGGGAGCGAGAGGCACGGAGGCGUGUGGACCAGCUGCUGCUGGACGCACAGCAGGCUGCCCAGAGACUCUGUCAGGAAGAGGAGUGGCGCGCGUGCUGGGAGGAAGUGAAGCGUCAGGAGCGCGAGGCGAUGGGUGCCCGCCACCUGCCCCUGCGUAACUACCUCAUGAAGUACGUGAUGCCGCCGCUGGCUCAGGGCCUCGACGAGUGCUGCAAGGUGAAGCCGCACGACCCCAUCGACUUUGUGGCUGAAUACUUGCUGCAGUACAACUGUGACGAGGAGUGAGCUGUGCUAGCACGUGGAACUCGGAGGGACUGCAGUGUUUCUGUAGUCUCGGUCGUGCCGAUGGAGUUCACGUUCAGCUUUGCUGACUUAAGUCUCAUCACAAGGGGCAGAGCAUACAAACAUACCGCUGUAUUUACAAUUUGGACGUAAUUCACAUGUUGGCAUAAUGACAGCAUCCGGAAAUAUAUGGAACUGUAAAAGGUAAAAAUCACAAUUAUUGUAUAGGAAUAUACAAAUGUUUUUCUAUUUUCAGGCCAACACAUUUUUCCGACCUUUUAUAGAUUCAACUCUUACAAAGAAUGGUUAUUCAUAAACAUACCUUUUUUAUAUGAAAACGUUUUUUUUUUACUUGCAGGUUCUUAAAGCAAUUUAAUAGACUAGAAAAUAGUUUGUUUAAAAAUAAUUUCAUGCUUAGGAAGUUACUAAAAAAUGUCAGUGCAAUGAGAAAUGUUUUAUUCAUAGCGAGAUGAAGAAAUAUCCAUAUUGACAAAUACAGUAAUUCUGUGCAUGUGAAAGAGGAAAACAAUCGAUAACACAUCUUAAAAAUGGAAAAGUAUUUACAUUGUAAGAGUUGUGAAAAUAUAUUUGAGAAUUAAACCAUUCGGCACUGUAAUAAA